AUUCUUUUUUCAAUUAGCGACGUUGCCUGGUAUGUACGAACGCACAAUCACGAUCGGAUCGGCGGGCAAAACGUUUAGCGUUACAGGUUGGAAAAUAGGCUGGGCCUAUGGACCGGUGAAUUUGUUGCAUAAUCUGCAAGUAGUGCAUCAGAACUCCAUAUACACAUGUUCCACAACGAUUCAGGAAGCCUUAGCUAUUGCAAUUGAAUUGGAAACCAAACGCUUGGGACAGCCGGACUCUUAUUUCCAAAGUCUGACAAGGAAUCUAAUAUCGAAGCGCGACUACAUGGCGAAAUUCCUCCGGGAAGUUGGUAUGGUGCCGACGAUACCCGAGGGUGGUUACUUUAUACUCGCUAACUGGUCCGCAUUGGAGAGCAAAGUGAGGCUGCAGGAGGAAACGGACGAGAAUAAGGACUACAGGUUCACCAAGUGGAUGACGAAGAACGUCGGUGUUCAGGGUAAUCCUGUCUCGGUCUUCUAUAGCUCGGAACAUAAAACUCUAGCGGAGGACUAUGCGCGUUACUGCUUUGUAAAG